AUGGACCAAUUUAAAAGAAUCAAGAAAAUAGGCAAAGGCAAUUAUGGAGAUGUGUUGUUGGUGCAAAGAAAAUCAGAUGACAAAUUAUUCGCUAUAAAGAGAGUAGAUUUGAGUUUUAGAGAAAGCUAUGUGGUUGAUCCACUCAAUGAAGUCAAAUUGUUACGCAGUCUGGAUCACCCCAACAUUAUUUCGCAUUAUGACUCCUUCACCCAUAAUAAUAAAUUGUGUAUUGUUAUGGAAUAUGCUGAAAAUGCCGAUCUAAGUAUGAUGACCAACCAAGCCAAACAAACAUAAACAUACAUUGAUGAAAAUACAGUUUAGUAUUUGAUUUAUGCAAUAUUAUAGAUUCUUGGCUGGUUUUCCUAGAUCUCCAUUGCCAUCUAAUACCUCCACUAGUUGAAGAUAAUCCACAGAGACAUCAAAUUACAAAACAUCUUCCUCUGCACCAACGGAAUUGUAACAGUCAAAUUGGGAGAUUUUGGAAUAUCUAGAACUUUGGACAACACCUUGGAUCUGGCCUAAACGUCAAUCGGAACUCCAUUCUAUCUCUCUCCUGAAAUCUGUUAAAAUCAACAGUACAAUCAUAAGAUAGAUAUCUGGAUGUUGGGAUGCACUCUAUAUGAAUUAUGUUCACUUCAAAAGCCAUUUAAAGGGGAAUCCAUCAGUGAAAUUGCUUUUAAGAUCAUCAAUGAACCUCAUCCCAAGAUCCACAGAAAUUAUUCAGAUUUCAUCUCACAACUGAUAGAUGAAAUGCUAGAAAAGAACCCAGAAAAAAGACCAGAUAUCUCGACUAUUAUCUAAUAUCCACAAAUUCAAUCAGAAUUGUACAAGCUGCAAGGACUUUAUAAGACCUAAUUUAAUUACAUAUUACCAGUUUCACCGAUGCAGUCCAAUAAAUCUUCUUAGAAGAAAAUGCACAAAAAUUCUAUUCAUUUUCUUGUUGAGUAAUCCAAAUAAUUACAGUAAUAGCAAUAAUAAUAACAAUAACAAUCACCAUAGGUUUGCAAGUAGAAGAGAAGAAAAGUUUCUUUACAAUAAUUAAUUUAAGAUUCUUCAAACUAGAACUCACCUACAUUCAAAUAAUUAGCCACUGCUGAUAACGCCAAUAAGAAUAAGCCCUUAUCAUUUAAUCUGCAUACUCUUCCUGACGUCAUCAAUGAAUCCAUCUAAUAGAAUUCAGCUGUUAUGGCUUAAAGAUAAUUAAGAUAUUAGAAAUCGAUCUCCAUCAAUACUCAAAUUGAUGACGCAACGAAACGAGGCACAAAUGAAUACGAAAAUGAAAAUCAACCAACUCUCCUAAAGAAUCCUAAGACCUUUUCAUUUGCAGGCUAGUUCUUAAAUCCUAAUGCUCCCACUUCUCCCCAGAGAUCCAUUUUAUUGACAGAUUUUCUAAAGAGGAAGAUAGGAGAAGAGAGAUUCCAAUAGAUGAAGACUCUUUUGGAAUCAUCCAAUAAUCCUAUGAAGAUGUUGGAUUAAGAGAAAGAGUUGGUUAGUGAAAUAUUGGGAGAAGAAAACAUGGAGUGCAUCAAAAUUUUUAAAGUUCUGAUCAGUAGUUCAAUCACUCCUUAAGCCUAACAUACGAGAACUAAAAGUAGCCAAUCAUUUUAACAAUAUAAUCAUAAUGAUUAGUCAUUGAUCGAUCUGAUUAAGGAAUCUGAUCUAUUAUAAAAUGCGGAGCACUCUUAGAAUUCAGUGUUUGAGAUUUCGUUUAAAAAUUUAUAAAAUUGCCAUGAUGCUUUUAAACAAUCGUGA